ACCCUGCGAAAAAAAUAGUUUUUGGCUAUAAAUUGGCAAGUGCGAUUGCCGAAGAGCAUCAGUUCCUUCGCUCACUUCACAAAGAUCAGUGGUCUUGCAUUCACAUCAAAAAUCUUUCAAAAUGAAAUUUUUCGUAGCUGCUUCUUUUGCUCUUUUGGCUUUGGCCUCCGCCGAUGUUAGCCAUUUGGCCAACAACUAUUUGCCUCCUGUGCAACAGAGCUACUCUGCCUCUUCACCAUCCAACGAAUACUUGCCUCCUGUGCAGAGCACCUACUCUGCCCCUACCGCCAGUUAUUCUGCUCCAGCUGUCCAGACCACUUACUCUGCUCCCGCUGUUCAAUCCUUCUCCAGCUAUUCCGCCCCAGCCCCAGCUGUUCAUGAACACUACUCUGCUCCAGCCAGUGAAUACUUGCCACCUGUUCAAAGCUCUUACUCUGCUCCAUCUGUCAGCUACUCCGCCCCAGCUGUCCAGGCCACCUACUCUGCCCCAGCUGUCCAGACCACCUACUCUGCCCCAGCUGUCCAAUCCACCUACUCUGCUCCAGCUGUCCAAACCACCUACUCUGCUCCUGCCGCCACAUACCACCAACAAUCGUUCUCCGCUGGCUCUGGUAGCUACUCAUCCGCUGGUGCUGAUGUUGGUACUCAAUAUGCUGCCAACGGUGGUUAUGUCUACAAGAAGUAAAUCACAUGUGAGCUUUGAAGGGCUGUGAUUUGCGUUUCAGCUUGUUAUAGUAUUUUUCUCACUCAGUUGUAUAGUUUCAUUUAUGCGUAAUUGUUAUAUCCAUUUUAAUGUUAAAAUUAAAUCAAUUCAAUAUUUUUUUUA